AUGGAUAAUCAAAAGGAUCACUCUGAUCAGCCUGAGAAGUCCUCCACCCAGCAGCCACAAAAUGGUGUGGAUGAAAAUGUUGAUGCUGGAUCUUUACCAUCCAAUGUUGGCCCUGUCUCUAGGGCUGAAGUUCCUCCUAUCCCUGCAGUGACUAUUCAGACUGCUAGGAUUGUGCCCCCUAGUUUUUAUACUACUCCUCCUCCUGCUGCUGGUGGGGGUGGUGGUGUAACUGCCGGUGCUAGCGGGUCCAGAGAGGGUUCUAGGGCGAAAAAAGGGAGAAGCUUUGAUCCACGCGCGUCAAGCAGUGGUGGGCUUUUCUUCAGGUUCCUGAAGCCUAAGAGGAGGAUUGAUGCGAGAGCACCACCAGUUUGUGCAGUUUGUCGAAGGAGGUUUCCUUCAUAUUAUUCAUUGUUUGGGCAUCUCCGUUCGCAUGAUAAGAGAGAGUGGGGCGGUGCUUUUCCUCCACCGAGAUAUAAUCCUGACUGGGUUAGGAGAGGUGGUGAUGAUGCUGAUCAGCAGGAACCGCCGGCAGCAAACCAGAUAGUGAUUGAACAAGAAGUGAUACCAGCGCUUCUUGGUGCUGCUCAAGAGACCCUUGCAAGAAUGAAUCAAGAUGCACAAAUCGCUCCAAGGGAAUUUGAUCUUAAUGUUCACCCCCAGGACGAGGCUGGCCCUUCUUCUGCUGGAAAUGCUGAAACUACUGGACUGGAUCUUAAUUUCCCACCUCCAAAAGAAGAAGAAGAAGGUAAUGAUGAUGAUGAAGAUGCACCUGCUGCUUGA